AUGCCUCCCCUCCCCCUCCGCAUCGCCGUCCUCGAAUGCGACACACCCGUCCCCAAAGCAGACGCAAAGUACCACGGCUAUGCGGGCGUCUUCACAUCCCUCCUCCGCAAGAGCGCAAAGGCAUUGAAUGAACCCGAUAAGCUAGACCCUGAAUCUGGCCUAGAGAUCUCCCGGUUCGACAUCGUGAAUGGAACCGAGUAUCCGAAACUGGAGGAUGUGGAUGCCAUCUUGCUGACGGGAUCGAAGCACAACUCCUACGAGGACAUCCCCUGGAUCAACAGAUUAGUCGACUUCACCCGGAAGGUCAUCGAGCACGACCGGGUCCGACUUCUCGGCAUCUGCUUUGGACACCAGAUCGUCGGCCGCGCGCUCAACGUCAAAGUCGGCCCAAGCAGCAAGGGCUGGGAGUUGGCUGUGUGCGAUGUCGAUUUGACCGAUCAGGGCAAGCAAUUGUUUGGAAAGGACAAGCUCAGAAUCCAACAGUUGCACCGCGACAUAGUCUUCGACUACCCGCCCGACGUCGUCGCACUGGGUUCUUCCCCGCUCUGUGCUGUCCAAGCAAUGUACCGACCGGGUCGUUUCAUAACGGUUCAGGGCCAUCCGGAGAUGACAGAGGAAAUCAUAACGGAAAUCGUGACACUGCGUAGGAGUGCUGGUGUAUUUUCCGAGGAGCAGGCCCAGGAUGCCAUUCAUAGAGCGGGCUUCGAGAAUGAUGGGGUUGCCAUUGGAGCUACUUUUCUGAAAUUUUUGCUCGAAUGA